AAGGAAUGUUUCUUAUUAGCAUUUCUCUUUCUACCAUAUUACAGGUAAUAAAAAAAUGAACAUGGGACCCCACCAAAAGAUGAACAUGGGCCCCAACCGAAUUAUGCGAUGUUUGAUUCGUUUCUAUGUCAGUUGGCAAUCAUAGGUUCAUAUGGCUCAGUAGAUCAGUAGGAAGCCGAUGGACCGUCUCUCGAACGCCUUCUCAGCGCUAGAGCUCGAUGCCGACGGUGAUCGUGACCAGAUCACCGCCGCCGCGGCCAAAGUCGGGGAGAGCUCUAAUGUUGCAGGUAAGAAGAAAAAAGGUGACAAUUCAAGUGACAUGGUCAAAAAGGAGAAACACAAUCAACAAAAUUUAGUGAUGCCUUCAGUUGAUUCUAUUAAUUACAAGCUGCCCCUUGUUUGGAUUGACUUGGAAAUGACAGGUUUAGAUGUUGAAGUUGAUCGAAUACUGGAGAUUGCUUGCAUAAUUACAGAUGGCAGUCUGGCUAAAUCAAUUGAAGGUCCUGAUUUAGUUAUCCAUCAAACUAAGGAGUGCCUGGAUAAAAUGGGUGAAUGGUGUCAAGAUCAUCAUGGGGCUAAUGGAUUGACAAAUAAAGUCCUCCAGAGUACAAUUAGUGAACGAGAAGCUGAAAGGCAGGUUGUAGAAUUUGUAAAGAAGAAUAUGGGAACCUACACACCACUUUUGGCUGGGAAUUCAGUUUAUAUGGAUUUUCUAUUUCUGAAGAAAUAUAUGCCUGAAUUGGCUAGUCUCUUCUCUCAUGUGCUUGUUGAUGUUAGCAGCAUCAGGGCUCUAUGCGUCCGCUGGUAUUUUAAAGAUUAUAAAAAGGCCCCCUCAAAGCAAAAGACCCAUAGGGCAAUGGAUGACAUUAGAGAAAGCAUAAUGGAGCUCAAAUACUACAGGGAGAGUAUAUUCAAAGCAAAGACCAAGAAAUGAUGCUGAUAAUUAUGCCACCUUGCAGAUUGCAGAUUCUUAUGUGGAAUGGUUCAUUUUUACAAUUACCUUCCACACCAUAUCAGCUUUUGUCCCAAAAGUUUUCAGGCUUCUGUAGUUGGCGUGUGUAAUAUUGGUUUUCUUUAAUUUUUCAUCAUUAUAGAUUUCACACAAUCGGUCGGCUUUGUAACAAUGGAUCUAGUUUUGGCAGUGUGGGGGGUGUGUUAUACUCCAUUAUAAACACUCUUAAAAUCAAA